AUGGCGGACCCUUUUACGGGUGGCCAAGCAUCCAGAGCAAGCAACGCUUUACAGAAGCGUCAAGAAUCCCUAAAACGAUGGACUAAGAGCGAGACAGCACUAGAGUCUGCGGACAGGUCAAGAAAGAAAACUAAAAUUCAAUUCUCCCUCGGAACUGUGUUCCUUUCAGCGGUAUCGAGCGGUGACGUGGAUGAGGUGAAGAAACUUCUGGCCAAAGGCGCUGAUAUAAAUCACCAAAAUGUCGAUGGACUUACCGCCUUACAUCAGGUACGGUAUCUGGCAUUCUUGCUGCAGAUAGUAAAAUUGUGUUGGAAGCGAGAGCAGUUUGUGCGAGAGCGUUUUGUGGACCAGGUCUGGGGUCCUAGCCAGAACCCAAAACAAUAGCCUAAUUAACGAAUCACUCGCUCCUUAAAACAUGGAGCGAUUAUAGAGCUUGCCCUCGUCAAGCUGAACUUUGAGGUCUCUCUUCCAUUAAAGCGAUACCUGGCUAGAGUUAGGUAGUAAGCUACCAUCAAUAGUGAUGUAGAUGCUUUGCUUUAGCAAGGCAAUUCACCAACUGUUUGUUAACGCCUUGAACUAUUUAGGCCUCGGCCAAUGGAUACAAGGAAAUCUAUGCCGGGUUUUGAGCUUAAAUUAUAACUUUGCUUUCAGCAUUUCUUUUCGGAUUUUCAUUACUGUAUAUUAUUGGGAAAUAAAACCUUUCUGUAAGGAACAUUGCUUGUAGUUUUCGAAAUCUUAUACCAUCAAGAGAACAGUUUGGAAGCGAAGCUAGUAUAGCGGCUGGGAUGAUUUUAGAAACUAAUGCUUUCUAGCGUCUAUAUUUACAUCUGUUGCCAGUAAUGGAGGCUUUUAACCAUUGUUUGUGUUCGACAGGCUUGCAUCGACGAAAGUUAUGAUCUUGUUAAAUUUUUGGUUGAUCAUGGGGCUCGAAUGGACGUACGAGACAAUGAAGGUUGGACGGCUUUACAUGCUGCAGCUAGUUGCGGCAGCGUCGAAAUAGCACAGUAAGUUCAUGUUUGCUUUGCACAUUUUAUUGUAAUCAUUCCUCAAAUCAGCCUUGCAUUGAUUUUGAACUAUGCUGGCUAAAACAGUCGCCCUAGAAGCGGCAUUUCAUAGACAUUUAACUCUUACUCACCUAAAUUUCGAUCCAUAGUAGCCAGUUUGGAUCGUGUUUCAAAACAUGCAAGGAACUCAGGAGUCAAUGUUGAAAGGCUUCUUCUUCAAUGUGUGAAUUUUAAGGGGUUUGUUAUAUAGGGUUACCUUUUUCUCUUUUUCCUCGGUGCUUUUUCUGCUCGAAAUGAGGUAGUUAAUUUGUUUUUCUAGCAGGGAAAAAAGGCCAUUAAGUUGGCAACUCUUUAAUCAAAAUGCAAUCUCUUGUCCAUCGGAGAUUUUUAUAUCAAAUAACCGAGGCUGUGUAAAAUGCCAUUGAAGCGCUGUAUCUCGGAUCACGUUGUACAUUCAAGAGUUUGAACGUUCCAUUAUUAUUGGGCACUUUUCUGUAAUUGUAAAGAAGGAAAAUGUUUUGUUAAAUCGAUUUGUCAAACGGAGUUCGGUAUCAGUUUUGAAUGCCUUAAGAAAUGUUUGGAAGUGGUAUAUGACAUAAAUUCAUUGAAGUUAAUUUGGUAUGAUUUUUCGCGUCUGAGUUUUUUCUUGCUUGUAGUUUGAAGAGAUCAGGGUGUUGAUACUCUUCAAAAGCAUUGUUGUGUAUCGGGAAGGUUUCACUUUAACCAAGUAAUGUAUCAAUUUUUUAGUGAAUGUUGCAAGAUAUUAGGAGCGUGACUUGCUUCGAAAGUACCAAACGAUGUACAUAUCAUCGGUUUCUUGACGGUCAUCAAAAUCAUACCGAUCUUGAAACUACUGUUAUUCAUGUUGUCAAUUUUUGAAUCGUCUUUGAUUUUUUCUCAGAUCCAUUACUUUGCUCGAGAGCUUCGAGUUCAUCUUGAACUUUUAUUUAUGGUCAAUGAUUAUCUGUGUGCAAAAUCUUCUUGCAUGAGUGACUUUCUGAGCCAAAAAACACCAAAUACUAAGCUGUUUCCUUUGGCAAAUCUAUUGUCAUAUUAUUAGCCAAUCUUUCCAAAGAAGUUUACAGAGGAAAUCUUGAUUGUAAUUUUGGUUAUGAUAUAUUUUUUCGGCCGAAUUCCAAUUGUGAUUGUAACAGCAUGUUCCCAAAGUGAAAUUGUGUAUAUGAGAGCAUAUUGUCUUUCCCUAUAAAUUUUGAUAAGCUGUGUUUCAUUGUGUUUACUGUACCUCUACAUUUUGCACCAGAGCUGUAGAAACAAAUAUUUGUCAUGGACAGAACUAAAUGUGGCUUUGAUCGCUGUCCAAAAACAGACUGGAUGACCUAAAUACAUGCACCUAAUCAGCCAUGUGUUUUUAGUUGAUCUAGGAAAUACCAUAGUUAACUUGCUUGUCGUUGGCUUCCUGCCUUUCGAGCUGCUUAUUUGACCAAAUUGCACUCUUCUUGGGGAUUUAUUCUCUGUUUUUUGCCUAAUACUUAUCCUUUUUGUUGGUAAACAUACAGUUGUAAACAUGUGAACUGCUUUUUGAGAAAAUAAAAUUAUUAUAUCUUUUUAGUUUAGACUUACUUGGAAGCAGGUUUACCAAUUUUGCAUUCAUGACAAUAUAGAUGGCUAAAAUAAAUUUUUUGGAAUUUGAGAAAAAAAAUCUCUUAACUCAGUUGUAGCCAUUUAUCUGCUGUAGAAAAGAUCAUUAUUGUCUUGUUGAAGUUUUCCUUCUUAUUUUGUUUUUUUAUAGCUUAUGCAACAGUCAUUCCUCAUUUUCUGUACAGUUGCAUAAGCUGGCAUGACCUAAACUGAAUAUAUGACCAACAGUGGACUCCUACAAACUCUUGAAAUGUGAAAUCUACAGGUGGUGAUUAUUAUUGUUAUUAUUAUUAUUAUUAUUAUUAUUAUUUGUAUGAAAAAUAUAAGAUUUUCUAGUUGCCCAAGAGCAAAAGUUUGGCACCAGGGGCCAACAGGCUCUGCUAGAGCAUGGCCCUGAUUCUUGUAGUUUUUUGUUUCUUUUUAUAAAGAUUGCUUUCAAUGAAAAAUCACAUUGUUUUGUAGGUUAAGCUAUCUCACACACUCUGGUAUCAUCCAAAGGGGAUUUCUUCAGUCUUUGUUGAUCUGAUAACUGUCUGUUGUCAAGGUAGUCAGACAUCCUCGUAUGCAAUGACCAGUGGCUUGUAAUCUAUAUAAUAGUGGAUAAUCCUUAGAUACAAUAGGCAAGGCUAGGGUCAUUGCUUAAAAUUCUUAAAGUUUAUCUUACAUCAGCAACUCCAUACAGUACUUACAGCUGCAUAAUUAUUAUGAAUGUUCAUGUUGUGUGCAGAAGUCUGUUAACUAUGUAGUUACAUGUACACUGUAAGUGUGUUGAGGUACAAUAACACUGAAUAUGAACCUUAUUAACUUGGACGCUGAGAUGACUGUGGACAGUGUCUGUAUUAAUUUUUUAAGGUUGUUCAUACUAAGUAUUAUUUGGGGUGUCAUGUUCAUUAAUUCAUAAAUAUUUAUACCUUUUAUUGGAACAAAAUACAAAGAAAUAUGAAAGAAAUAAAACAGUGCAUUCAAACAAACCUCUUCAACUCACAAGAAGCUAUAUAUUAUUCUGUGGACUAUGUCCAUAAAAACACUCAGAGGUUUCUCAUUUACACUUUGACUCAACUUUGAAUCAAGACUUGGCAGAACUCAUUUGUUGCCGAAACUGAAGGAAUUGAUGUCUAGUCAUUGUCAUAUCUUGUCUAGUUAGUGCUAUUAGGCUGAUUUAACAACAGAAUAGGAACAUCAUUUGACAAGGGGAAAGUGCACAGAAAGGACUAAACUUGACUUCUUGUGCCCAAUUUGCUGCUCCGCCAUUGGUCAAGCCAGUUGUUUGAUCUGUGUGCGCCAUCAUCAACUGACGUUUCCUUUCUGUUGCUAAAUCAGCCUAUUAAAGGGACUGGUUCACGAUAAUGUGCAUGUGUGAGUUCUGACAGUAGCUGAUUGUUUUUCAACCAAUGGGAAGCAAGUUAGAUGCACGCAAGUAAAUUUACAAAAUUCAAAUUAAUUGUUCGCGACGCGAGAGUAUUUCCGGGCAUUUGGUUUGAUUUUAUUUAUCCCCAUAAUUCAAGUUUGUUCUUUGCUACUCCUCAGAUAUAUGUUGCUGCCGAUAAGAAUAAGAUUUACAGCCCUGUCCUGCUUUGAAACAAACAUUUACCAACGUGUAUUUUUACGAGGUCAUACACACGCUAACAAAACAGUCACCGAUCGGCAAACAAAAUUUGUAAACAAACAUCUUAUUACUGUUCUCUCAGUUUGCCUUAUAUAAACCCAGAAAUACCUACAAAUAGCGCCUGACCGGUGACAAAAACACACAACGUAUGAGUAUAAAGAUUAUCCUUAACUGAGGAUAAAAUUUCAAUUGAUUAUCAGCAAAUGAACAAAUUCAUUCGUGUUGCAUCAGGUCAGUGUUCCGCAAAACAAAUGUUAUCGAGUAGCACACAUUUCAAGUGUACCAGAUCGGUGAAGAUCGCGCAGCCUGUUGCGGUAUAACUACAGGUCGGAGUCAAGAAUCAAAUCAAAGUUGAACGAACUCAUGCCUUUAACCACUUUCCGAGUGUCGUGUAUUCUUUUCGUAUGCCACACAGUACUCCUAGAACCAUACCAGAUCGAUAGGCUAAGCUUCUCUAUCUCCAGGGACUCUUGAGAACGUCCUGUUGCUGGACGGCCACGAUGCCCUUCUGAACCUCCAUGAUCAAAACAUUAUUUUUUGCGUCUUCUUAAAAUGUAACCAGUCAAACGACACAACCACACGUUAAUCACCACUACUGAAGUAUAACUAGACCAGCCAAAGCGACAGAUGUCCGAAUAAAAUGAAGGAUUUUCAAUGAUUGUACCGGUAAUGGCAAUUUCGAAUUAAGUGUUGACCCGACAAAUUUAUUCUGAAGAGACAAAUGGCGCGCAUGCGCAUUAUCGUGAACCAGUCCCUUUAACAUCGAUGCGCACUGUACUGACACCUGAAGGUUUGUUUUACCUUGAGAAAAAGUAAAGAUUGUUACUGCAGGCAGUUAACAAAGAAGUGUACAAGAAAAAUCUAUCUGUUGUCUGCAUAAACAAGUGUAGACCUAUAUUAAGCAGGUUUAUUAUGAAAGGGUUUUCCUCAGAGGGGAUGAAAACUGUCUGUAUCAACAAGAUGUCAGUACAGUAAAGCAGUUGGCUGUGAAGUAGGGUUUUUCUGUAUCCAUGGCAAUUUUAUAGGUCCCCUGGAGUCUACAAAUCUGUUUUUGUUUUGGGUACCACUUAGUUUUAUUAUGAUGAACAUGAAUUAAAUUUCUUGGAAUGGCAGCAUUGGCAUUCUUAUCAAUGGGAAUUUGGCUUCAUCUUAGUAUGAAUAAUAAACUCUUAAAGGAGGAGUUAGAAUGAAGGCAGGAAUCGUCAAGGCCAAAGUUUUUUACACAAAGUGUUCUUUUUUCUAGUGACCAGUAUUUUUUGUCUGGCGACAGUUGCCCAAAGGUGACUUAAAAAAAAAUUAAGCUUGGAGCACUGUGAGGCAAUAACACAAUAAGAGGCCACUAAAAUUCUCCCUAAAUCCACAUUGUUAAGUUUUUAUUAAGCAGCCACAGCAAUGGUUUUCCAUUGUUUUUUUGAAUAACAAGAAUGCUCUAAAAGCGUUUAAGUCUCGCUUGCUUGGAGAUAGAUGACAAGUGAGGAGGUGAUUUAUUCUACACAAAACAGGAUUUCCUUGCUAAGAGUUUUUCACUUCCUUGGUGAUGAUUGAGUUGUGUAUAAAUAAACCAAAAUCAAGAGAAAUUACAUAACUGCAAUAGAGAAAAAAUAGUCCUCUGGGAGGACAUGAGCUUACUGGCAAUGAAUAGUCUGUACUAAGAAAAGGGCAAUGCAAUGAUGGGUACCUAUGGUGCGAAGCAUAAAUGCGUAAUGUCAUUUGCUAUGAGGACAAUUAUUUUCUCAAGAGACAAUUUGAAUUAUUCAAUAGUUUGUAUCACUUACAAUCUUUACUUUGUAUUACUCUGUGUACCUUGGUUUUUUCAACACCUUUGCCUUCUAUUGCCAAUAUGUUUGCCUUGCGUUAUCUGUGGAAAACAUAUGUAAUGAAACAUCGCGACAAGUGAGAAUGAAUGGAAUGUCCAUAAAAAAACCAUGUGCUUGCAAAACAAAAUUGUCAUUCUUCAAGGCAGUCACAUCGUGUAGUGACUGCUAUAUUGCACGUGCACUGUAGCACGUAAGGUUGAUUCGGCGGCUGCAGGCAGAAAUGUUCAAAUUGAGUUUGGCCAGAUUAAUUUCUUUGCUAUUUCUGUCCAUUCAUAAUUGCUUUAUGUGUUGAUUGAGUUCUACUAGUAAUGAAUAUUUUUUUAAUUGUUUGUAGUAUUAAUUGUUGAAAGUCACAAUGUGGGAAAAUGCAAACAUGAAUCUGUCGUUUUUACUAUGUAAACAUUCAAUUAAAAUGUCACAAAUUCGUGUAAAUUCAAAACAUUUCAUCUUUGUUAUGGUAGUAUGGUAAUUGCAUGCUUAAUCUUGGACAGAAAUCACAAUAGUCCCAGAACCGGCCAAUUCUCACGAACGCAAACUAAACUAAGGGAGCAUAUUAAAAUAUCCCUAAGAAUGAUCAGUAUCAAAUUCCUCCUUGUCAUAAAAAUGCUUUAUAAAACAAAGAAUGGGAGACAGCAGGUAUCAAACACAGUCCCUUCGGCGCUUUACCGCAUGUAUGGGAACAAUAGAACAUGGUGCAUCAUUUCAAUCGUCGCAGAAAAUAAACCGCAUGCUUAUCACGAAACUCAUUUGCAUACAAUGAAAGUCGUGACGAUUCUUAUCCCCAGUUUUUAUGGUCACUGCUAGGAAUGCCUGGGACUGCAGCUGUUGUUUUGUGUACUAAAUAUGAAGAAAAUAAAACAACUUGCAGAUUAUGAGUCUCGCUGCUUACUCAAGCGAGAUUAAUAAAGCAUGAUAAAGCCAGUUAUUCUUGCUCAAAAAUACCAUGUAGCCUUUUGGAAAGAGAUUGUACCAAGUAUGACUUCUAACCUUUCUGUAUUAAAGCAACACCCUUUCCUAGUCAAUCCACUUUGUGGGUGUGAGAAAACUUGAACCGGGGCGAGUUCCAAACUGGGAUGACUGCUUGAUUUCUUAUUGGAUUUGCAUUUUUUUUUCUGUAUUCUUCUCAUCCCACAUCCAAUAUGAUGAAAAAUAACACAGUAUGCAUGUACGUGUACUACCUGUUCUUGUCCAGUAGGAGGCCAAUUUGAUAUGGAAAUGAUUGUAAAUGUUCGCUGGUAUGAUAUGGUCUUUUUUACUUGAUGCUGUCUUUUGUGAGGGUUUUUACUGGAAUGUGUGGUUCUAGAAAAUAUCCAUCCAUAUCCCUGCCACAGAAGAUCAUUGGAAAUUCCUAGGUGGGGGGGGGGGGGGUAUAGGUUUUUUUGUAUUUUUUUUGGGUUGUUUUCUGUUCUUGUUGUUUGGGUGUAGCUUUUGUUGUGAUUUGUGUGCGGGAGAGGCGGGAAGAGGAUGUAGGUGGGGUGGGUUGUGGGCGGGGGGGGUUGGGGGGGGGGGGCGGGUGGGGGGGGGGUGUGCAAAGGCUGUAAUUUCCGAGGAGAAGGGGGGGUUCAUGGAAAACUAGUUUUUCAAAGGGUGACGAACAACGUACAAAACAUUGAAAGCAACGUAUGAUCGAUCUGAAGCAAAAAAACUUACUUAGGUUCCGGUAUGUUGUUUUGCAACAAAAGUCAGUAAUCCUGGCCAUAGAGAUGAUGAAUUCACAAGCGAGGCAGUUACGACAUUUCUGCCAGCUCAUUUCCCUGAAUUUGAUGUCAAUGUCUUCUAAGAAAUUUAAUCCAUUCAAAGAUUUUCAGUCUGACCAAAUAUAGAGGAGUUCUUGUAAAAUAUUGUAUUGUAUUCAUGGCUUGUUCCAGUAUGAUAUUUUCUGGUGACAUCAUGUAAAGGAAUACAAAGCCAAGAGGGGGAACUGGGGAUUACGAAAGUCAACUGGUACUAUGUACAUUUGUAAAGUCCUCGUAACUUUGGACAUCCUAAGUGCUAGUAGGGCUCUGUUCAUGGCCAUCACAGGGUUUGAAUGGGUCAUUUCCAGGCCUGGAAGGUCAUGGAAUUUAAUUGUCAGUACUGGAAGGUCAUGGAAACUUAAGGCUAUGUUUGCUGUAGAUUAGUUGCUGCAGUUGUCAAGGCGGAGGCUGUGAGAUAGUGACACAUACAAGUAGUGUAGUUAAACAGUAUGAACGGCAGGCAUUUUGGUGAACACCAGAGUUGGUGUCUGUGAACUAAGUUAGGUCAAAAAUUACCCUGAAGCAGGGAAAGUUUUGAAAAAUUUUGAAAGUGACAGGGCCAUGGAAAAGUUGAAAAAGUUAUGGAGUUUGAUGAGCUCAAAAGAAUAUGAACCCUGCAUCAGGGCUCUAUGAAUACACAUGCCCAGACACAAAACCCUUUAGAACCAUCUUCAACAUGCUAAUUUUUUUCUUCUUCUUCAGAUAUUUACUUGACAAUGGAGCAGAUGUUGCAGCUGUCAAUAAUGAGGGGGAAUUGCCCCUGGAUCUUGCAGAAGAAGAAGACAUGGAAGAUCUUUUAACAGAUGAAAUUGAGAGAUUAGGUAUGUUGACGUGCUUUUUACCAUGAUACGAUACUAGCUCCCAAUUGACUUGUGCUUUGUUUUGCUGGUAGUGUUGUUAUAACACCAUCCUGUAAAUGCAAGAGAGCGAGUCUUGUUUGAGCUUCUUGCUGUCUAUUAAUUUUUACAUGUACAUUACUGAGCUGGGUUGAGAAGUUGGGAAUUUUGUAGUAUAAUGUGGAACAUCUGUAAUUCAGGAUUGAGGAUUAUUAGCAAAAGUGUUUUAUAUUUAAUUUGUUCCUUUUGUCAUCAGUGUUGUUUGAAAGCAUGUUGACUUCUCAUGUCUGGCAUAAAACCAACUAGUUUUGCGUAGCAUUACAUCACAGAUUAAAGAAAACAGGCUUUGGAUUUUUUGUAAUUUUAAGUGUCUUUUAGGAAAUUUUCUUGAGUUUCUCACCAUUGCACUAUUUAAAUGGAAUUUCUGAGUUUAUAAACUUUUCGUAGUGUUUGACUUUAAAAGAUUUAACAACUAUCUGUACAAUUUACAGUUUUAUUGAGAUUGUGAAUGAACAAACCACUGUAAAAAGAACCAAAUAUUCUGGGUUUUUACCAUGUAAAUCACUAGUGGCAAGUUUCUCCAUAAAAAGGCCAGCCCCUCUUUAAUGUGCGCAGUUAUCAACAUCGUAUGUAUUACAGAACUCUGCGUACAAUCACAAAAUAAUGCCUAAGAUUCAUGAGUGGAAGUUUUCAUGAAUUUAACAAAUUACAGUGGCCAAAUAGGACAACAGUGGUUUUGCUGAAGUACAGUUUUAGCUUAAUUAACAGCAAGCACAUCACAAAUUUGCAAGUGUCAAAACAAGGGUGAAGGCUACUUCUCAAGUAUUUGCAUGUCCAUGAAAGAUAUGCUUUUUGGCAUUUUGAUCAUUGCAUUAAACUUUAAAAGCACUUCCUUCAACUCAUAGGUUUCUAAAUGUUCAAUGUAAAUUUUCAUCCAUUAGAGUUCACUGGCACAUCCAUUUAUUGUCAAAAACUCAAGCCAUGAUAGUGCUUUGGAAAGCAUUGCUGAUUAUUUAAAUAAUGUAUACUACUUGCAUGGGGCAGCCUGAAAUAAUGGUUUGUGUCAGCUUGAACAUUUAACAAAAUCUGCGGGCAUGUAUAAGCAAAGCUGUUACCUCUUACAUUCUGUACUUUUUUUUAAAAAAAGGUAGGCAUAGUGUUUGUAAAGUUUACGAAUACAGUCAAACAAACAAAAAUAACAUUAGACUUGCUAAGUCACUCUCAAUUCUGGCCUGAUUUUCUUCGAGAACACACCCAGACAAACAUAUUUUUUGUUGGACCUCUCCAGUGAGACAAACUGGAGUCUCACUAUGCCUUGUUUAAUUCACACUGUAAAAAUAUCUCUGUGGCCCCCUCCACAAAAGCUCUUGUUUUUCUUCUAGCACACCUCUUGACCUUUUUAACUUUGAUUGUCUACUCUUUGCUUGCACAUUCAGUUGGCCUGGAAAACUUUGCAUCUCCAUUUGAUCCAAGUAAUCUCCAUUUCUUAAAAACAUUUGGGGGUCAAUUAAGUUGAACUUUACAAGUGUAAUUUACAAGUGUAGCUUUUGUUUCAGACUCUAAAACUAUGGCCACACUUUUUUAAUUACGCUUGGAAAAGUUUUACUUGACUUUGGAUACUGCUUGUUGCAGUUGUUUUUACCAGUUAUCCUGCCUUGUCGGUAAGGACAUUGCAAACCUUUCUGCUUUUAGUCUCUCACUAAUGGGCUGUCAUUCUAGAAGAGCUGCUUGCUUCAUCUGCAAUAAGGGCUUCACUGCUUGAAUGUGCAUCAACUUUUCCACAUUAAAGUAUAUGUAUAACUAAGCCCUUGCAUUCCCCCUUAUGUCCUGAGGUAUUUCAUCUGCCGUUGUCAUGCUAAGGAUAACCAAAUCCCAGUCCUGUUUUUCCUUGGUAACUUACAGACAUUCAUGCUCCUAAACAGAUAAAGUGGAACCCCACUUUACGAACAUCUGCUUCAUACGCACACUCAUAUAUAACAGACAAUUUCUUUUGUCCUGGCGAAAGCUCAUAUAAGCUCAUAUAUUUGCCCUAAUCAACCCACUUAGUAGGGACACCAGUUACUGUGGACAACAGACACUUUUUGUGUCCCAAGUCACAUACUCUUAUAUAUCAUCAACAGUACUUUACGGACUUUGGUUAUCUGCGCAUUGUGUAUUUAAAUUGUCACAAUCAUGUGCUAAUUGUAGACAUUGUACCCUGUUUAAAUGAUGACAUAUUUCUAUGGGUUUAUACAGUUUCACUACUUUAAAAAAGAAACAAUAGCAUGCCAUGUUUGAUUUUGAUAAGUCCGUUUCUCUUCCUGUGUUUGGCCCUUGCACUAUAACGCCCUUUAAGGUGAUUCCAUAGUAAAAGAACCUAACAUAGAUUGUAGCUGAAACUUGGUACACUGAUGUAACAAGUCAAGAAGAUGAUAAAAAAGUAAUAAAAAGUGGGGGUCACCGUGCUCAUUUUGACGUCACAAUGCUGACAAAUACGGCUAUUUAGGACCCUUUUACAAAAACCGCAGGCAGCCCAAAACUAGACAAAAAGGAGAGAUUUUUUCGAUGAUGCAUGUGGCAUCACACAGAAUUUGACUUUAAUGUAUUGUUUAUCCACUUACGUACCAGAAAAAUGCCUUUUAAUGCUCUUGUUUUUACUUUACGCUCCAAAGUAGAAUUAAAUUGGACCCGCGCUUUUCGACCCGUGAUGGCUCAAUCCGUACAAUUUAGUAAAAUUGCCAAAAAACUGAACAUAGAUUUGUGCCAAUUUUUUUCUCAUCGAAAGGAAGCACUGUCCUUAUUAAAAUCAUGAAAUAAAAAAUGGGGGUCACCGUACUCGUUUUUGCGGUAGAGCUGCAGAAAGUGCGCACCAAAUGCAUUUUCUCCGAUUUUUGAGAGAGGACUGGGGCGAGUUUCAAAAUAGAAUGUAUGCGAAAAGGGGGAGGAAAGUAUUAAAAAAUCCGUUUUUACAGAAUUUAUAUCGAGAUAUCACAUUUAGGACACAAUGUAAUAAACAAAGUGAUUAAAUGAAAAUCAAAGUGAGUAAGCACAAGUUAAACAUCCACUAUCGAGGUUCUCUGAGAGGAAGUCGAACUCAACAACACGCGUGAUGCUUACGUUACGCACAUUCCCAACACAUUGAGUCUCACCUCGGCAAGAAACAACAGCGAGCAAAAAUUCCAAUAGCUUUCUCUUCAGUCAGCUUCAUUUUAAUAAUGUUACUUCACAUGCUCUUUUUUACGGCGGCCAUCUUGUUAUGCGCAGUAAGAGAUGCGCAGUGCAAAACUAGGGAAUCACCUUAAUAAAGUUUUGUGACUUCUUUGUCACAACUUCCGCCUCCUUGGCUUUCUGCUGCAGUGAUUGUUCCUACCCUUCUUUCUCUUUGUCUGCUUUGUCUUUAUAUCAUUAAAUCAUGUGUCUGUGACAUUUUCCUGAGAGCUUGCUUAAUAUGGAUGCUCAGAUAAUGUGGACAUCCGGAUAAUGCAGACACUAUGGCAUGUCCCCUUGUUGUCGUAUUAACCGGGUUCUACUGUAUCAGGUUGGGGUCCUUGAAAACUCUGGUUCAAGCUCCUGACUCCCCGAGAUGGACUGUCAUUUGGAGCUGUCAUGGUGCCAGGGGGCUGGACCCCAGGUUCCUGUAAAAAGUGUAUCCACAGUCUCAGUAACAAGAUGGUGUUUUUCUGGAUUGGUUUGUUAACCCCAUGCCUAAUCCAGGCCUGUCAUUAAGAGGUGGGGGCUGAGGAUUUUCCCUGGCUACUAAGAACGUGGCCCCUGGCUACUUUUAUAGGAAAAUAGAAAAAAAAUAGAACCAAAACAAAUCCCUAGCUGUUUGAUUCCCCGCCUACUUGUUGUAUUUGCCCAGCAAAUUGAAAUCUUAGUGACAGCCCUGCCAAUCCCCCAACUUAUAUAAGAGCAGGUGCCACUUUUCAUCUGAUCUCUCCCUGCUAACGUGCUGAGAGCUUCAUCCUUUGUCACCAUAGCGCAUAGGGUUCUUGGGGCACAUGUUCAUUAACAUGGUCUUUGAGGUGGCAUUUGGUUUCCCCAAUAUAUUGCAAAUUACAAAGGACUGUUUUAAUGAACAUAGAUGCCCUAUACUUAACCCCUCUGGUAGUUACAUCCAAAUGGCAAUUUCAGAACACUUUAUCAGCAAUAGCCACUCUGUCUCCCAUAUGUUACUUAUCCCAAUUGAAACACUCACAUGUAGAUAUAAACAUGAUUGUCUUAUAAGGAAAGCACAAGAGGCACACCUCAUUCAUAAAGCCAAAACCAUCGAGCCUCUGGGAAUGAGAAAACGUGACGAGCUAUAAUCAUUAUGUAAUCUUUAUCUUUUUCUCGGUUUAUUUUUUUUAGCAGCCACACCUUACCACGUCAUACCAUGUAACUUCUUCAGUAGUACAGUAUAUAUUCUGUUUAUUUGUGGUUUUUCCUAAUAAACCUGAUGAAGACUGGUAUUAGCCAGUCGAAAUAUUGUAAACCUCAGCCUUUUUCAUGUUGUUUGAUCAGUCUUUGCAGUAGUCUUUUAAAAAUUAAUUCUAUUUUUCUCUUUUUCGACUGAUCACAAUCUUGUUUGAUCCAUUGUUGAGGUACAUUGAUUGUUCAUGGUUUUUGCAGUGGCUCUUUAAGCCUUAGUUUACAUUAUUUGUAAACGUUAAGUUCCAUAGUGCAUAAACGGAAAUGACUGAAUUUACACAAAUUAGCGCCGGAGGACUUAUUAACUUUUUUUCCAAAAAUGCGGCGCUUAUUUGAGGGUAGUGCUCAAUACCAUAGUAAUACUGCUUAGUACCGUAUUUAUGUGAAUUAGCACUGCGGCACUUAUCAACUUUUCUCUCCCAAAUGUAUAGCUUAUUUGAGGGCAGGGCUUAUUCGAGUAAUUACUGUAAUUGGCAACUUAAGAGUUUAUUACAUUUAAGGCAAAUUGUUAUUACAUUUAGGACAAAAUGUUAUUGCAUUUAGGACUGUAUUACAUUAGGGUCAUUUAUUACAUUUAGGCCUUUUAGAUAUGGCAGUGUUAGGAUUGUUCAUGUUGUGUUUGUUUUUGUGUUUUAGGAAUUGAUGUAGAACUAGCAAGAAGUAUAGAAGAAAGAAUAAUGUUAGAGGAUGCACAGAGUUGGAUGAAUGGUAGAACAAUACAUGAAAUAAAGGAUAAAUCAGGUAUGGUGUAUGUGGAUGAGUUCACAUGUCUUAAGGUGCGGAAAAAUGGACAACAAAACACGUGCAACUUGUCUUGCAACAUUCCAGCAAAACGAGUUGAAUAGCGAUGUUGCUUGUUUUACCGUUCACAUUGAAACCUGUUAACAACCUGAUUUGUUGCAAGACAGGUUUGAUGUGGGUGGUAAAACGUGCAACAUUACUAUUCAACUUGAAGCAAAAGUGUUACUAUCAUUGCAAAACUGAAACGACAUGUAACAACCCAGUCUUUGACAAGUAUCUAUUAUGCACUUGUGCCAAAAGUGGAAACCCCUGGAUACUACACGCACCCAACCUCCAUUUAGCAAUGCAGUCUUUAACCACAUGACUUGUGUUACACCAGUUAACCAAAGAAGAGAUUACACACAGGUAUUAGAGGUAUAUCAGUGAUCAUUUGUGCGCGUGCCAGUGAUGCUACACCAGUCUGCUUCAAAAAAUUUUAACAGCCUUUCUUGUUAAUUUUUUUUUACAUUUGACAAAAUUAUGGCCCAUAUCCUUGUCAUUUUUUAAAAAUAUUUUUGUCAUGUUUGGUAACAAUGAGAAAGUGCAUGUGCAGUUGAACCCUACCUCAUGGUUACCUUGUUCUCUCAGCCCACAAGGGGGCCAUACAUUUUCUUAUAAAAAACUCUCAUUAAAGCCGUCACUCUUUGAUAUGGCCAAAAGCCACAUUUUAUAAUCCGAAACAGUGGAAUCUUUUAUAUUAGUUCCCCCCCCCCCCCCCCCCCCCCCUUUUUGAUUUUAAAAAAAUUUUUAAUAUUCUUUUGUGGGCCCACCCGGGGCAAAACCAAAUUUUUAAAAAAACUUUUGGGGUGUUUGGGUAAUUAUUUAAAAAACUUUAAGGUUGUAAUAGGGUUUGUUGGGGGGUAAUUUUUGUGGUAAAAAAUUUUUGUUUGCUCCCCCCCUUUACGUGCCCACAUCAAUGUGUACUUACCCAUUCCUUUUUUUCUCCGCCCACAAGGGGGGCACAAAAUUUUUUUAUAAAAAACCCUCCUUAAAGCCGCCCCUCUUUAAAAUGGCCAAAAGCCCCAUUUUUAAACCCCAAAAAGGGGAAUUUUUUUAUUUAUUUCCCCCCCCCCCCCCGGCCACUUGUUUGAAAUUUAGACAAUUCAUUAAUAUGCCUGUGGUGACACACGCGAGGCAAAACCAAGUUUUUAACAAUGACUUUGAGGUGUCUGGAAAUUGAUUGAAACAGUUUCAAGUGUUAGAUAGGGUUUCCAGAGUGUAUAAUUUAGUGCAUAGAAUUCAUCUUGGCUCCCUCAACUUUACCGGGCCAAUGACAGGUAUGCUUACCACAAAGAUGUGUGUACAUUGUUUGCCACAGUGUGUAAAGAAAGCCAUUCGGGUAAGCAGUAGCUAGAGUGUACUAGCCCAAAAGUCAUAUCAACUAGCCCUCAAAAAAUUUUUGAUGAACAGGAUUCAUUCAUUACAGUUCUUCUUUAAAUAUUUGAAUUCCCCGAACAACUUCACAUGCCCAUCAGGCAAGUUAAGAACAGAAUUCAGCAGCCCAAUAGCAAAAUCCACUAGCCCCCAGGCUUUUGGGCACUACUUUCUUUGCCUACUGAGCCAGUCGAAAGCAAGAACAUGUAUUUAAAUUUCAAUUUUGUUGGUGGCCCCAGUUGCAUUUGUUGCGAUGUUAUUGUUUGUUUGAAUUUAUUCAAAGUUUGCUUGAUAACAAGGUUCACAUUUCAAGGUUUAAGCUUCUAAAAAUAGAUUAUUUUCGUACUUAAACAAAAGGGUACCUUUUUCAUUAUCCUGGAGAUGAUGAAUUAGUUUUCCUUUAUCAUAAUAUUAUAGUCCUGCAAGUGGGCCAGAUGAAUCAAUGCUGUGUUCUAGUUGGCUACCUGAGUAGACUGCCCUUGGGUAGCAGCAUUGGCCUGAGAGCAACUUUUGUACAAUUUGUUGGUUGAAGACUUGACUGAUUGAUGCCACUAAAACCUGAUACUUGUAUGCCAUACGAUUUCUCCUGAUUUCACUGCCAAAAAUGCCAGUGUUUUCCAUGUUUAAUUUGAUUGUGUUAAGCCUGGUUUCCAUAUGAUUUUCCUGAUCUUCCUAAUCGCCCAAGUAAUCUCAAAUAAUGUUCAGGCUUUUGGGAGGAUUAUGUGGAAACACUAGCUGGAUUAUCGCGAAAGAGCCAGAUGAUUGGGACAACCUUGAUCGUUUGAAUAGAAUUGAGUUAUAUCUGGACGAUUGUGUAUCGUGUAUUAUAAGGUACUGGGUACUGUGUGACACCGUGCUGCUGAUAUUUUUGUUGAAAGCUGGGAUGUUUUUUAGUUAUUCACUGGGAAAUAGUGUUUAAUAUGAUAUUCCUGGCAAAGUAAAAUUUUAUAUUGUUGAUGUGUUACUGGAGUGGCUGUUAAGAAUAUACCAGGUUUUGUUGGUCGCCUUUCAGCGUACGCUACCAUGAACAUGCCAUGCCACAUUGAACGUGUCAUUUCGUAACAAACUUGAAGCUCAAUUUUGUAAUAGGAGGAUUGAAUUCAAUUCAAUUUUAUUUACACUUUUAUAAAAUAUUUACAUUACAUAUAGUAAGGUAGGAAUACACGAGUAAAGGAGAAGAAGAGUGAAAAAAGAGAAUUGAUGGCUUGGAUAGAACUGUACAGUGGUCAAAGAAGCUUGGCUUUUGAGUUAACUACCAAAAUUUUAUAUUAUGCAAAUUGUGAUGAUUGGAACACUUCUAAACAUAAUGGAAAAUUUUUGAACAACAACCACUCCAAGCCUAAAGACAUGGUUAGAUUGAAAAAAAAAUCAGUUUGGAGGGAAUAAAAAACAUCUGAAUUAGGCAAGCAGCUCAAAAAAUUUUGUUUGUCCGGGGCCAAAUCUUGCUAUACUUAGUUAAUGAUUUUGUUGCAGUUUGACUUGCCUGGACCCUAAAAAUUACUUGCCCAGCAAGAAAAUCUAGUUUUGCCUGGACUACCCAAUGGGACGUUUUACAAGCCCUGUAUGUUGACACAUUGAAAUUGUGAUUCAAAAAGCUCCAGCUGUUGCUUCUUCUUGCAUCUUCUUGAAGUACAGUAUAUAUAGUAGAUUUUACAUACAUUAAAGUACAAUGUAAUACUUUCUCUUAUUACAUUUUAGUGCAAUUAUAAUGUUUGCAUUCUGUGUAUGUUUCUUUUGUAUUAAUUUUUUAGGUGCAACUGCAUUACAUGUUGCUGCAUCAAAAGGUUAUUUACAAGUUAUAAGGUACGUUGUGAGGAUUUGUGGAUUAAUUAUGCAAACAUAAGCACCAGUUUAGCACAUGUUUCAUCUAAAGGAGACUUUAGACGCACGUUUGAGGAAAGGUAAAAUCUUUUUUCUUGUGUAGUUAAUUUUUGUUCUUGUGUCAAACAUCCAGUCACAUAGAUAUUACUGUACUGUAUGUAGAUCAUGCCCUGCUAGAAUCAACUAUUUUCUUUAUUGGGAAAAACAAGUAAUGAAUAGUGUCCUAGUUGGCAUCAGUGUCAACUGAAAGUUUGUCGGGACAAAUGGUUAUCUUGGCCAGACGUUGUCCAUUGACUGGCCGUUAUUUUGAGCCGUGCGUACUAGAACCACUUUGAUAUUAGCUACAUUCUUAUUACUUAAAAAUUUGUAAGCGUUGUUGGUGACAAUAUUAUUGGUGGCAUUACUUUCUUCCUAGUCUUUUACUUCAACUUGGUGUCGACAUCAAUGCAAAAGAUUCUGAUGGCUGGACACCACUACACGCAGCAGUUCACUGGGGACAGAAUGAUGCCUGUGAAGUGCUAGCUGAGCAUGGAGCUAACUUUAGUGCUAGGAAUAGUACGGUAAGAUUGCCCCCUCCUGUCAUAUGUAGUACCUGUUUGACACAAGUAGGAGGAAAGGGCUGUCUCUAAGAGCCGUGGGCUGGGGAUUUCCCUUGCUGCUAUGAGCGUGAACCCCAGCUACACUCAUAGAAGGCAAAAGGAAAAUAGAACCAAAACAACUUCCUAGCUGUACAAUUCCCCUCCUACUAAUCACAUACCGUGUGGCACGAAAUUUUUGCGGGUUCUAAUUUUUGCGAUUUUCCCAGUGAUCUACAAUAAAUAAGUUCCUGCAAAUAAAAACUACCACAAACAUUUUUCCCGCAAACAUUUACUCCAGAGUAAAUAUUCUCCAACGUAAAUUUGCUACACAAAACUACAGUACUAAGAAAUCGUGUCCGUUCAAUUACAAUUUGUCUCUUUCAAUCAGAACAAAGCGGUAUACAAUGAAAUACUGGUUUUACACUGGUUUUACAUAGAAUAGGGUAUGCACACCGUAGUAUUGUUUAAAAAUAUGUAUCUGUAUUGCAUGUACUCAAUAAAUUCCAAAAUAUUAUCAAUACUGGGUACUGGGUACUUUCUGAAAAUUGCAAACAUUAAUUGUUAGCAAGAAAAACCAAUCUGUCCUAAUCACAAAAACUAGCUCCCACAAAACACAAACAAUUGCUAAUCCGCAAAAAUUUAGUGUCACACGGUAUACCCGGCAACUUGAAAUGUUAGUGACAGCCCUGGGAGGGUCUCAGUGGGGUUAACCAUCGGCCAUCAAGUGGCCUAAAAUUUAACUCUCAGCUGUCAAAAAAAAUAAAUUUUUUACCAUCAACUGUCUAAAAUGCAGAUUAAUAUCAACUGUCAAAAAGUUUCAAGUUGCUUCAAAUCUGACUAUUUUGUUUGGUCUUUGUGGAAUUGUGGCUACUGGAGAAUUUCAAAACUGGAAAAACCAGUUCCCAUCUUCUCAGAAACAUUCUCUCUAGACAUUACAAGACCUAACAUUAUGGUAGCCCACUUUUUCUAUUGUCCAAACUGAGAUAUGCUUUCUCUGCACAGAAAUAUCGUUGUAUUUGAUAACAUCAUCACUUCCUGUUUAUAGUAGCUUGCCUCUGCAACAAGCAGAAUGCCAGCCAUUUUAAGUUGGCCAUGCACCAUUGUUCGUACAAUCAUGAAAAGGUCUUGAAUUUUAGUAGUUGUCUUGAAAUGUCCUUGAAUUCGGUUAAGGUCCUUGAAAAGUACUUGAUUUCUUUCUUAGGUGUUGAAAAGUCCUGGAAAUUCACUACCUUGGUUAUGCUACACCACUUUCUGUGAAAUUAGAUUAUUUUGCCAAAGAAAUUGUGGCUCAUCCUCUGUGCAAAAACCUGUAAAACUCAUGGGUAAUGUAAAAAGAUUUUUGGGCAUGAACAAUAUUCUAUUUCUGUAUCUUUACAUACCCAGUGACUGUUGACAUUUUGUAAAGUGUUUUUGUGGAACCUUGUGUAAAACAAUGUGAUCAGCCAAGGCUGAAGACGUAAAAAUUGUGAAUGGCUCCAUUAAGUGUUUUAGCCAAUAAGGUAUUCAAGGGGGGGGGGGGGGGGGGGGGAAAUCAGUAUUUUUUCGUGUGAUGUGUUUUUGUUUAUUUUUGUUUUUGGUAUGACAGUGAGGAGAAAAGGGAGUAAGCGCGAAGGGAAAAAAAAUAAAUUGUGGGAGUGUUGUAUUGUAUUUUGCAAAUAAGGAAGGGGGGGGGGGGGGGGGGGGGGGGUGGGUUAAAGAAUAAAUUAAUUGUCCUUGAAAACUGUAGUUUGUCGUUAAAAAGUCUUUGAAAAGUCCUUGAAAUUUGUUUCUCUGAGGUCAUACAAACCAUGAUGCACUUACUUUAGCCAAGCAGACAUUAUGUCAAUCAUCUAUUGCAUCACCCAGUCAAACAGGCAGUCAGCUAUUCACUGGCCAGCAGCCCAAUUGCCUUCUAUUUAUAUUUUUAAUGUGCAGUGUGAUAGCUACCUUGAUACCAGCAAAAGAAAUAGUACUGACUGCAAUAUAUUUGCUCUAGGGUUCAACGCCAAUUGACAUGGCAGAACCUGAUAUGGUUAAAAUGCUCGAAGAGCUUAAGAAAAGGCAAAAUGAUAAGCCAAAGAUCAAUGCGGUGAGUAUGUGCAGGUUGUUUUGGGUCUGGUUAUUGCUCUUUGAAACACGUAGAUAAUUAAAACCCUUUCAUGCCCAAUAAUGCAAUAUGCCACAAGAUAUAAUCACAUAAUCAAUAUUUAAGCCUUUUGUUUAAAUUUCCCCAACUAAAAGGUCAGCCAAUUGAAGGAAUGCAGUAGUGUACCCUUCCUACACUAGACUUGAUUUACACUUCGUUGCAACUUCUGGAACUUUCUAUAUUUGUAUUUUAUUGGUCAUAAAUUAGGGUUAUAGUUAUAUCCUAGAGAAAGAAUCUUUAUCUUGUACUUUGGACAAUCUUUUCAGUGGCUUCCUUUACACCUGUUUGUGUUAGUUAUAGGUUGCUCCAAUAUAUACCGUUAAAAGGGAAUAUCAUUUUGUGGUCUAAUGGUUCAUAGUUCUGACUGCAAGGAAACUUUUGCAUUUAAGGGUUAAGGAGGCUACUAUAAGGCGUUUUUGCAGUGUCUCAUGAUAAUAAAAAUGAAGAAUGCCUCACGUUUUCCACGGUUAUCGCACCAAAUCAUUGUUACGUUACACUUUAUGGCCGAUUAUUAACCCAACAGUGGUCAUAAUUUGUUGCAUUGCUUCUGUUUCAAGUUAUGUUGUGGACAAUGCAUCUCUCAAGUUGUUUUUAACCAUAAUAUUAUACAGGACCUUCCCAAAGUGCCAUGCAUGAAUCCAAACCAAAAGACUUCAGGGUUCAAUGAUACAGUGAUACAGAGAAAAUUGGACCCUAUCUUAGGGUGCCUUCCAUUUGUCACAACCGACCGUCCAGGGCAUUCCCGUCGUAAUGAGAAUUUUACUUUUAAUCAAAGCUAUCUAGCCAGAUCAGUCAAACCCUGAAUAGUUUGCAUGAAGGAAAUAGUUUUGCAUCGAAAACUCUGCUGAUCACUCUUAGGGUUUAAAGGGUUAAAUAAGAUGGAAGGAAAGGUAAGAGUGGAGAGUAUACCAUAUAAUUAUUAUUCUUUCCAGGCACAAACAUGUGCACUCCUUGAUAAGGUGAUAAUAUUGAAAUACUAAUUACUCCUGUCAAAGAUGGGCUGGAGAAGUCCAAAACAGUUAGAGCUAUGAGACUUGUUUGGAAGGCAGAGAUGGGGUAUGCGGCUUGUGGCUGCUUCUAGGGACGAGUUGUUGGCAUGGAAGUGUAGAUUUGCAGCAAUUGGGGAGCUUGAGCAAAGACAUUUUUUAGUGAUGCACAUCAACUGGACUCUUCGUAUUCUUGGGCUGUGUUUUUGCCCAAAUUUCGGGCAAAUCGUCUCUGUAACAGUGAAAAGGCUUGGAAGUACGAAUUUGGUACUGUCAAGGCAUUAAACAGAAAAAGGCCUCACUUCUGAUUGACGUACAUUACUCAAAAACCCUUUUCUUAAGUUCCUUAUUAACAUGUACAUCUCCACGACUUGGCGCAGGAUGUGGCAUACAACUUUUUUUUGUUGAACUUGUUUUGUUUCCAUAUUUUUUGUCCCACUCAGUCAACAACACCAGUUAUUAAAAGUAAUAUGGAGUCUGGGCCAGCCCCAUUGAAAAGACGGUGAGUGCGGUUUUAAGGUUUUUUUUCCUCAGUUGUUUGAUUUUGUAUUUGCCACAGUGUUGUGUGCAGUUUGUCCAUUAGUGAGUAUAUGGGGCAUGCUGUACAGAACAGCUAACGUGGUCACCACUUGAGGCAAGCUUGUCUUUGUUGAUUUUUAAAUAUGUUGCAUGUUAUGUUUCUGCGAUGUUCAUCAACAAGCACCGAGCAUAUGCUACCUACCAUGUUUCCUUGAAUAGGUGUAUGGGUGCCCAUUUAAAACUUAGCCAAAAGUGGGGUCAGUUAUUCAAAAAAAGUAUGCAUGACUAAGGGAAGCACUGAGUUUUUUUUUUCUACUUUAACAAACUAAUGAAGAAAACGUGUUUUCCUUUAUAAUGAUAGUGUAGUGGGUAAAACAAUUAUUAUUGUCAGUAUAUUGAAAAAGUGAGGGGUUAAGGGGGGAGGGGAGGGGCACUCAUUGAGUUGAGCUGCGGGGGAUAUUCAUGUGCUAUUUUGGCAAUGGGAUAAGUUGUUUCUUGGGGGGAGCGCACUUAUCAUUUUAUUAGAACAUGGGAACUUAUUCAAGGAAAUAUGCUAAGCUUUUUAUCAUACAGACUCCGCAUCACCACAGGAGAGUAUUGCGUUGUCUCACUCUAAGAUUUCACCAACAGACUUAGGUUAUCACCACCACCAAGUUCAUUAAUUUAGCAUUACUACAGGAAGAACUGCUCGGUAAGCGUUUUUGAAAGCUCACAAAGAACCACUUGAUAAACUGAAUCACAGGAAAGUGCUGCUUGGCAGCCUUCGCUCAUUUCAUGCUUGGACGCUCAAGUUGUAAGCACCUUGUACACAAUAAACAGACAGCGUGGCAGUUAGCAGGGUAUAGAUGGAUGUAUUAGCAGACGCACUUAGGGUGUGUCCCACUGAGAUGAUCUUGAUCAGCAUAGCACAUCACAUAAACCGACAAAUCCACUUGGAAAAGGAUUCAUCUGUUGAUUUGAUGUACCAUGAACUGAGUGAUCUCAGAUCACUGCUCCUGAUCCAGAUCAUCCCAAAGGAACACACCCUUAGUUCCACUCGUUUAUUAUACACGACUUUGCCUGCCUUAACCUUCUCACCUCAUACGUACGUAGCGUUUGUGUUGAAUGUUAAAUUUUGUGGCCUUCUUCCAAAGUGCGUAACUGAUUUGACUUGACCUAACAGCACGUGUUUGUGAAAUAAGUGUUUUCUUGGUAAUAAACUGAGUUUGCAUUACAUGUGUGUCAGUUCACAAGAGCUCUCGUGCGCUGUUAAAAUUCAUUCUUGCUGGUAAGGUGUUUAUGUUCCCUUUUAACCUUCAUUCUUCUUUCUUUUCAGUCUUUCUGGUUCAUCUAGAGCUCGGUUGCUGCGUACUUUACCCUCUACUAACACUCCAGGACUUCUGUAUGUAAAGUAAACUGAUGCUAACAAUGUAUACUAACGCUUACAUCUCAUCCAACGCUAAGAUCUCCCUCUCUUUCUCUCUUAAUAAACGUACGCUCAAACUUGCUCGCACUUUCUGCUUUUCUUUUGUUCUUGCUGUGUAAAUAUCUUAAUAAUGUAAGACGCCCAACCCUCUGGUUGUCUAAAGGGGCUUCUCGGUUUUCCUGUUGUAUCUUCUUUUCUUUUCCUUGCGGACUGGCACGCAACGGAACAAAAGCAAAACCAAAACAAACUAACUGAUGACAGUUUCGUAUCUUGGCGUGAACAUAGCGUCGUCAAAUUUCACCGCUCAUUACCAUGUUUUGAGACAAUUGGUCAAUCGUAACGUUUCAGCGUAACUCCGGUAGUUUGCCUGUGUUUGCAGCUGGCUCUCAUGGCUCGUAGUGCCUUUUUAGGCUACAAGAGAAGCCUGAGAGCUGGCUUUAAUCGCAGUCCGCAUGAACACGGUUGUCGGUCGGACACUGAGCUUAAACUGAUCCUUCUGUGAGCUCAGCAGAGGGAUGAGUUGAAUGCUCGGUGGGGGCUAUGCCAGUGCCAGUCCUGCAACACUUCUAUUCAAUGCAACCUCUGUGGCUUCUUCAUUUCUCAGGAGCUCCAUAACCAGAAUAAAGGACCAAAACCUUUUUCUCAGGGACAUCAAUCAGGAGAGGGCGCAGAUGGAAGCAAGCAGGGAGCAGAUAUCCCCAAAGAGUAAGCUCUCCCGGCCACCAAGCUUCACUGAAUCGCCCAAAGAGGACAAGGAAAACGAGAGGGAGAAGAGGGAUGGCUACAGCAAGGAGGACAGCGGAUCAGAGUCUGAUACUGAGGACAGCUCUGAAGAGGACAGUGAAGAGGACUCGGAGGAGGAGGAGCAACCUUCUAAGCCGUCCGUGAACUCUGUUGCUCCCAGAGCAAAUGUCACGGUCAAUUCUCUACCCUCUAAACCUACGGUAAAUUCAGUUAAAAAACAACCAGCGGAUGAAUCCGAGGAAGAAUCCGAAGAGGAAACUGGUUCCGAAACUGAAGAGUCCUCCGAAGAGGAGGAGGAGGAGGAAGUAGAACCUGUCAAACCCGAUACGCGAACAAGCGCAACCAGUUCAACAAGAACGCCUUUUUCGCGUGAUCAGACCGCGCCUGCUAGUGCGUCAAAACCAGGGGUAGGAAGCACGUCGAGGCUUCUAAAAUCCCCAUUUUUAGACAAUGAUAAGAAGGCAAAUCCGCCUUCUUCACCUGUUUCAAAAACUGAAUCCUCUUGGACUUCUAGUUUAGCUGGUAGGGAAGAAACCAGGGAUGAUGCAAAGUCACGGUUGGGAAAUUAUCCAACGCGUACGACGGCCUCUACAACGAGUAACUCCACCAGCACUACUACUACUAGCACGAGGGGUAGAAUAAGCUCUACCCCGAGCGAGGACGCUCGAACUAGGACAACAAGAGCUAAGAGGGUCACUCAGAGAGCCGCUACAUCCUAUGUAGGGAGCAAGAGAGAAGGGGACGAUGAUCAAGAGGAGGAGGAAGACAGGAAAAGCAAUGAUAUCACUCAUCGGAGAACUGGUGGAGACGACGAACGAAAGGUAAUACAGUGAAACCCCGCGUAUAAGAACCUGGAUUUUUUUAAUUUAGCCUUAACAGGUUCUUAUAUAAAUGGUACUUAAAGCAAAUUUAGACCACCGAGAUUCUUAAAACAGGUUCUUAUAUUUUCAUAUGAAUUUCAUGUAAGUGUAUUAUAAAUAUCAUCUCAUAAUACAAUAUAAAUCAUUUAUACCAUAAUGCCUAAAGGCAGUACAGUGCAGGUAUGUCCUUAACAAAACAUAACAAACGAACUCAUGGUCAGUUCUCUGAAAUGCCAUUUCAAAGUUGAUACACUUUUACAGCAACUCCACUGAUAAGAACCUAACUUAAAAUUUUAACCUUAAUAGGUUCUUAUGGGGAGGGGGCUUUCGGCGUGGUUAUGCCCAGCAUUCUUGCAUAGACGAGGCGAGAUCUGCGAUCUCCGAAGGCGCGAGUAUAAAGGGAAUUAGGGGCGUGCCUUUCUGAAAAUGGCUGAAAGAACCCAGCACGAAGGAAAACUGAACGCGCCAAUGAAUCACAUGAUCGAUGUUGCCAGCUACUGGGCAUGCCCAUGCCAAAGACUGCUGACCUCAGGCACUUAAGGCGCUCUUAGUUUUUAACUACUUUAAAUUGCAUUUAAAUGCAUAAAAUUGUGACUCUGGGAGCUUGGAGACGCUAUUUUCAUUUCUUCCAAAAAAAAAAUAGAUCUAUUUUGUUCAACUAAGAUGAUAAUUUUUUUCGAAAUUGCGGGUUAAAAUCUAAAGAAGGCAAGUGCCUUGUCAUGCCUUUUGCCAGCUAUGGCCUUACUUCAGCUUACUUAAGAACGCUUCGAGGCUAGGAUGGGCCCAAAUUUUCGUCUUUGGUACUGGUACCAGCGUGCGUACGCUGAUUCCAUGUCAGUGGUGGCCAAAUGCUCAUACUCUUUCUAUGAGUGUAUGGUGUCGAUUCAUAUGGUGUUUAUUUACCCUGUUGAGGUCCUGUUCAAAAUCCCUUAUUUGCCGUGUGAUAGCUGUAAUUUAUGUUAUAUUUUUCUUCGAGACGUACGCUGUUUGGGCCAGUAUGUCUACCAAUUCUCCUUCCUAGACAGAUUUCCGCCUCAUAGAAAAAUCUGAUCAGGGCGCAAAGAAAGUCAGUUUUACAGCCUGCCAUUCGGGCAAACUGUAGCUAACAUGUACUAGCCCACAAGUCAUUUCAUCUAGUCCAAAACCCUUUUUGAUUAGCAGGAUUGUUUACAAUCCUUCUGUAACUUGAAUUUCUCCAAAAAACAGCAGUUGCCCGUUGGGCAAGUUAAGAACAAAAAUCACUAGCCCGAUAGCAAAAUCCACUAGCCCUAGGCUAUCGGACACGACUUUCUUUGCACGCUGCUGAUAAAGGUAGGGGCAAGGAUGGCAAGGCUCCUGGUGACCAUUUUAGAGAGGUGUGCGUGAGAGAAGAGUUAGAGCCAAGACCACGGUCAAACGAGAGAAAUUUGCUAUACUAUUGGUGCAAACUGCCAACAAAAUUUUUCUCGGCCGCGAAGCGUUUUCAGCGAAAAAACGAAAAAAAAAGCUCACUAUGUUGAGAAAAGUGGAAAGCUAUUGCAAUGACUGUUUUAUACAUGUUUUUUCUUAACGUUGAAUAAACCCAACGAAAUACUAAAGCACCUUAGGUGUCUCACCACCGAAGGGAGGUGUUCACCUACAGGUUGUUGCCCUCUCUAAACGGAUACCUGGAGCAGUCAAUUUUUUUUUGGCCGUUUAUAAGACCAGCACCAGCCUUAAGUUGACUCUUACUGUGGGUGUCUUCACUUCUUCAUUCUGUUUUUGGCUUUCUAGUAGGGGGAUGUAUGGUGCCAGUCCCAAUGGUAAGCUAACGGGCUGGCUGUCUUGUAGGGUAGCGAGCUGGAGUAGGUGGCGUAUCCAGUGCGAAAUCCGGCGAGAAGGCCCACUAACAACAUGUGAUCCUGCUCGCACGCUAUAAGUCUAGUUUUUCAAAGUAAUUACAUCAAAAUCCUUGAAUGAAAAAUAGAUGGAAAUAUAAAACAUUAGGAAAUAAAAACCAUUAUAUUCAGAAGAUUUUUAACAAGAUAUUUACAUCACAGCCUCCAAUUCUUUCCGUUGCAAAGACAAAUAUAAGAAACCCUUAGGUACUUUUAAAAGUGAUUCUUGAAACAAAAUUGGGCCAUUUUAAAUUAUUUUAAUUGCCAUGGCCAAAAAGCAACAACAAAACCAGUAGAUUUUGUUCUGUACUGAAAGUGAAAUUUGUUAAGUAAAAAACAAUAUGACAUUAAUAAUCAAUAUGAUAUGAAAUUAUGCAAGAGAAAGUUAUAUUUUCCAGUUUAUGGGUUAUCCCUCCAAUCCUUUUAUUUGGCUCCCUAACUUGAAAAUCGGUUUUCCUUGUGAAAUAGUUGUUUGCCAGCUUUAAUUGAUAUUGCCCUUGAUAUUGGCAUUGUAGAGCUUUUGACAGUUUGUUUUGCAUCUGCGUGAACUUUAACUCUAACACUUAUUAUUCUGUCUCGUUUUAAUUAUUUGAAUCGAAAAGGGAGCACAAAUGUCUUGAAAAACACAAGGGCGGUGUAAAAAUAGGACGAAAAUCGAAACAGAUUAAGUUUCGACACUGUUAACAAAGAAUCGUGCAGCUGACCAAAUCGUCCAUAAAUGUAAUGUUCAGUCGAGCGAAGAGGAUUAUGACAGCUAGCAGUGUCAACUAAAGAAAAAACUGAAUCGAAUUGUCAUAGUUUCAUUACAGUCAUGCAGGUAUGCACACUGCUACAGAUAACUGAGAGAUUUACUAGCUGAUUGUGUUGACAAGGUGUCUUUGAGGCAAUUGUUCAUUUUAAUAGCGUCUGUGGAAAUUCUAAAGGAGUCGCUUUGGGGAGGGAGGUUUGCUUCUGUAAUUAGCCGUGCAAAUCAUUAAUUAUUCAUUUGAGGGCCUGAGCACUGGGCCUGUUUCGUGGUUUGCUACACGCCAUUAAAAUAAUAAUAAUAAUAAAAAAUGGCGAAACUGUAAUCUGAUCUAGGCCAAGAAGCUGUUGAACGCAAUUUCUCUGUGAAGACCUGUUGUUUCGCAGUGGAUGUUUUUCCACUAGUGUCUCGUUUCUGACACUGUGCUGUGCAUGUGAAGCGGUUCUCAACUCAUGUCGUACCUCGCACGCCGCUUCGAUCAACCGAGUGAUGGAGGUUACAAAAACUAUACAGGACGAACGCAGGUAACAUAUAUGCGAAGGUUUUUGUAAGGUUAAACACAAUAAUAGUGGCGGGAUUAUAAUGAAAAUUCCUUGUUUGGACGUUUCCUUGAUGUAAUUAAUCGACCCAGCUAUCGGCAAAGCUGAUUUACAUUUUUCAGUGUCCGCACUCGUGGCUGUUUGUCAACACAACGCUGCUCUAACAUAUUCCGAGCUUGCUAUCUAAAGCGUCAGCUUGGUUUGACGAGAUAUCGACUCGUCGCCGCUAAGUUCUUUUAAAUAUCAUUCGCGUGAAAGUUCCUCGUGAUGUGUGCAAAUUCUAUCGGGUCUGUAACGCUAAAAACAAAGUUAUCGAACUACCCGGCGGGGUCAAGCUGAAGUCAAGCCAAGCGCGGAUCAACUUGUUUGUGUAUCGCGGUGCCGUGUUGCUUUUGAAAAAGUUACUUUAUUUAUUGACAACGAGUUUCAUUAUUCAAUUCACCGAUGUCAUUUGCAAUUGCAUGGCUAGGUUUAUGGGCUAUUGAGAAGCGGAAACUUUUAUUUGAAUUCGGAGGUAAUCUCUUCAGGUCAUAAACACCUUCUGCACAGCAGGGCGUAAUAAAACACAGAGUGUGAGUCCGUUUAAACAUUUUAUCUCGUGCGCUCUUCGUAGCGGCAAAGUGUUGUUUUGCAGAUCUUGUCAUUUUGUUAAUGAAAUAGCCUUGAAAUGCCAACAAUUGUUCACGGUCGGACGAGCUAUUCAUGCUCAAAUGCUGAACGUAGAUCUCUUGUAUGAUAGCGCGCGAGAAUGAACACUUAAGUGGAUAAUUAGCUUAUCGUGUUUAAGUGGUGUAACGUGUUUCAUUGACACCCAUUUUGCAAGAAGCCCGGGGCGUCUGUUACACUUUGCUAAGAUGAAUUUCAAUAAUUUGCGCCUUUUGGAUUCAUCUCAAUCCAAACUCAGUUUCCAGUAAGCUCUAUGAUGUCUCACAAGGGUACUGUUUGGCGAGUUUUGCUUGUUUUAACCAUCAGACGUCAAGCCUUCUUCGUCACCUGAGGUUGAUUUAAGUCAGCAACAUAAUUACCUCAAGUCGCGUUGGGAAUGUAAACUUGAUAGCGCUUUACCUUAGCCUGUUUGGAAAUGCGGCCCGUUAGAAUAGGUAGAACUUAACUCAAUAGUAAACAGAUCAUUCUACAGGAUUUUAUGUAUGUUGUUAUUCGCAAAGCGGCAUCAACGAAGCAGGCCCACUGGCAGCACUCGAAACAGACACUUAGUUACAAUAAACGCCCGUCAUGCAUGCCAGAAAGAUUUUCGUUAGGGCGUUCACGUAAUUUGACGCUUACUCAGGGUUUUUAACCUCCAGAAUAUGCAUCAUGUUGCAUCGUUUAGGUCCUUGCGUAACGUUUGUGUUUUAGAAGCUAACUGUUUACUUUGCAGCACAUUAAAUUAAUUAAACGCCAAUGGAAUGUUAAGUUGUCAAUCAAUCUGGGCUUCCUGAGCUAACAAAUCCAUUCCAUGGAGAUCUUGUUGUUCGGAUUAACAGUGUGUAGUUUUAUAGACAGCCCUUUUAGCUGUUCUUGCCUCCAAUUAAUUUGAGGCGUUCAACGAAUUUGUCCCUCGAGUAAUCAACCCUUAAUUACCUGAUCCCUAAGUAGUCCUUAUUAGUACCCUUGAGGUUAUUAGCUUAAAUGGUCGGUUUUCUACCAUUCCCUGAAAUGCAUAUUUAUGAAUAAAGGGGCGUGCUUUCAGCCAGUAAGAGCUAUCCCAGUGAAAAUGUAACAAGCCGGUGUUGGUUUCAUCUGUAAAACACUGACAAAAUUCUAGGGAGUAGCAUCUUAUGAUAUUUGACGUAUUGUGUGUAAGUACCGUUUUAGUGCUCUUGUGAAUCAUGGGGCAAAAAGAGGAGUUUGACUUCACUGAUUUUUGGAGGUUGAAAGCAACUGUUAGACAUCGCUUACUGGCCGGAAUAAAACAGGUACCUUUCAUCGGGAGGAUCGUUUCAUCUUCCGUUCAAGCAGUUUUAUCGUAGGGUUGCUUUGUACGAACAGUGAGUAUAAAGUAAGACCAUAUCAUUUCCUAGCCAUCAAUGGAGAGAUUUUUCUUAUUUUUGUUGCUUGUUUAGGACUCUUCGGGCGGCCGAAGCUCCCGAGACGAAACUAAAUCGUCAUCGACAAGACCCUCCUCCACAACGGACUCCUUACUUAGUCGACGGAACAGGUUAAGCGGCACCGCCGACGACCGGAACGAAUUGGACGGCAGGAAGGCUGGGCGCAACAAGGAGAACGAAGAGGCGGAGCUCCCUGCCUGGAAAAGGAGGCUACUAGAGCGAGAGAAGGAAAAAGAGAAAGAGAAGGAGAGGGAAAGACAGCGAGAACGGGAGAAGGAAAAAGAGAAGGACAGUGAGAUGCCCAGCUAUCGUCGCUCCAGGUUUGACAAAGAAAAGGAAAAAGAGAAAGAGGAGAAGGAAAAAGAGGAUGACGACUCAUCAUUAACAGCUGCAGCGCGUUUACGGAGGGCAAGGAGACUAAAACGCCGCGGAGGGGUGAGUACUUGAACCUCACUCGAGGGGUAGCGGGUAAAGUGGGGCAUGGAGCGGUAGCUUUUUAAGCCUGGAGAUUGGGAGCUCCGUUUAUCCGCCAGGGAAGCGAGAGAAGGGGGGGGGGGGGGGGGGGGGGGGGUAAAAAAGGCCCCGGCAUCCCGUCAGAAAAAGCCCCGGGAGGUUAUUCGGGGGGGGUAGCUUUUUCAGUUUUUAAAGCCGGGGGGGGCCAAGAUAUUACCCUUUUUUUGCAAGGGAAGGGGGGGGUCCCUUUAACCCCAUACUAAAAGAGGAGGGGGGGUGAGGGGGGGGAGGGGGAAGCAGAGGGCGGGGGGGGUGGAGGGGCUGAGACCAGGGGGGGGGGGGGGGGGGGGAGGGGGGGGGGGGGGGGUUUUUUUUCGAGGGGGGGGGGGGGGGGGCCGUGGACGCGGGGGGGGGGGGGGGGGGGGGGGGGGGGGGGGGUGUGGGGGGUGUAUAAAAGGCCCCAGCUUCUCGUCAGAAAAAGCCACAGGAUGUUAGUCAGGGGUGGUAGCUUUUUCAGCUUUUAAAGCCCGUGGGUGCCCAGAUAAUUACCUCUAUUUGCAAGGGAAGGGGGGUGUUCAUUUAACCCCUAGCUACAAUAGGUAGAGGAUGGGCUAGCCAGAGAGCUCCACGUGUACAGCAUUCUACAGCAUAAGUUCCAAAGGGAUGUGGAGUUGAAGCAGAAUCAAGCAACUAGACUUUGUGGGCCUCCUUUUGUCAGCACCCAUUCGUUGCUCAAAUCUGAAAAAAUGACACUCACCCAGCUUCUCCCCCGAAGGUAAAGGGUGGGAUAGCCAGGGAGCUCCACAUAUACAGCAUUCUAUAGCACAAGUUCCAAAGGGAUGUCCAGUUGAAGCAGAAUCAAGUAACUAGACUAUCCGGGCUUCCUCCUGUUCGCACUCCAGGCCAUUCGUUGCUUAAAACUGUAAAACAAAACUAAACCUUCCAGUGAAUAUAUAAAUGCAACCUUUUCCUGUCUUGAAUAGUUUGGCUUUUCCUUUUUAGAGCGACGAGGAAGAAACCGAGGAGGUCAAAGAUACCAAGAAGAACACCAAUCUAGACAAUGAUGAAAAAGGGCCUGUAAGCGGCAGACGAAGAUCCCAGGAAACAAGACACGAAGAUACAAAGGUAAUGGGCGUCAUCAUCAAGCAUGAGUACUGGUCUAAAGACCCAGCUGCAGUAUCCCUGUCGUUGUAAAAUAUUUAACCCAUUUGUUCCUCCGACAGCACAGAGUUAAUGAGAAGUCUAGGAUGCCUUUAUUUGUAGAGUUUUGAUAAAGAAAUAAAACCAUUAUCAAGUGCUGCUAAAAAGUUUAAUUUAAAUAGUCACAGCAUAGUAUUUCCAUCCACAAACUCAAAUAGUUGUCUUCCUUUGUUUGACUAUGGGUGUUAACUGGUUAAAUGUUUUUUUUCUUUUCUUUUCAAUGUUGUGAUUGCUUCGUAAAGAGCUCCAGAGCCAGAGCUUCAGGGUCAUAGUAGACACAAACUUUCAUUUGGUUCUUAAUGGUCACUCCUUUGCAAAGACUGCAAGGGGUAGAUUCUUGCAUAAGUUGGUUUUUAAGAUUGAGUAGUACAGGAUAGAGGUAUUGCCAAAGAUGGGUCUAAUUAUUUGAUUCCCCGGCUUUCGAAACGACCUUUUUCUUGCUGGCCUUGUACCGUACAAAGAAUUUAACUGAUGCGUAUUUUGUUUCUUGCUUCUUGCAGAGUUCUACAGACAGAAUAAGAAGUGGCAGGUUUGUUCAAUUUCUUGACGUUUAAUACCUAGUUUGUUUGUUGUUCUACUCUGUCUUGCAAGCGUCCGUGAUGGACGAGCGAGCGGUCUGUAUUUCCAGUGUGUUAACUUAAGAGCGUAGGACUUUGUUACUGAUAAGUUUCUUAAUAUUACCUUGUCUCUCUUCCUUAGGACCAGUGACUCUAAAGGACCAUUUGGUACCUCUAAGGUAGGUACAACGUUACUACAUAUCUCAGUUAUUAUAUUUCGCUCAUUGCUGCCGGCCGCCUAGUUAGCUCAGCUGGUUAGCCGCAGGCUUGCUCAGGAGGUUGCGCAAUCACACCCGGGUGGGUCACUAGUAAACUGGUGCUGACCUUACACUGCACCUUUUGACGUUUUGACAUCAGUUUUGACAUUUUGACACCAGAAACGGUUUUUGAGGAAGUGGGCGGAUUUAAAAAGUUGCUUUGAGAAGGGCUCCCCCGUCUGUCUUCUCGCUGUUUUUCUCUCGUUUGUUAUUUCAUUGCUAGCGUGGUUUGUUCGCUUGUCCACACUGACCGAGAGCCUUGCACAGGCUACUAAAUAGUCAGAUGGCAGAACCGAGAAACCUUUAUGCUGACGUCCAAGCGCAGUGCAAAUACGCAACGAGUUUCUAUAUUUCAUCUCUGUUCAUUCAAGGUUACUAACAAUUUGUUUUGUGCUGCAGGCAAACGCAACUACGAUAACAGAAACGGAUCCACAGAAGUUGAAAGAAAGGCUACAAGAGGCGCAAUUAGAACUUCAAGAGUAUAAGAUUAAAUUAGAAAAGGCCUUACAAGUACGUCACGAUCAUAUUUUAUUUAAUCUGUAAUUUGUUUUGCGCCUGUUCCAGAACGACGCGUGGCAAAUUCUUCCAGUCUAAUUAUUAUCGUUUUCCUUCCAGGCAAAAGAGGAGCUUGAAAGAAAAUACGCUAAUGUAGAUGACGAUCUAAAGGUAUGUCAACCUGGUAUUUAUUCCACCGCGAAGUUAAAGAUUUCAUAGCCAUCCUCCAGUGUUAGAACCACGCUGGGUUCUUCGGACUGAGAACGAUUUUUAGCGCAACACAGCAACAUUGUUGCGACACUGUUUCGAAUAGUUACAAUAUUGUUCCAACAUUUUAACGCUGUGUUGCGCUCAAAAUCGUCGUUGUCAAUCGUCUCGUGUAACAUCACCUUUUCUCUCUGUUGAUUCAAUUAACCAUAAAGCUUUGUCCGCGGUAUUAUUAACCUCUACGGAUACGGAAAGAGGGAGCUUAAGCAACAACGACGGCGAGAGCUGCGAAAACGCUACUUAAAAAGUGCGGAAUUCGCGCUGCUUCAAACUUUAUCGCGUUUAUUCCAUCUUGUCAAUUCGUGAAAUGAUGGCAAUUGUUUCUGGAGUUGAAUUCUGUAAGGCUAUCGAAGUUCAGGAAAACAAAAAGUAAGUCGUUGUCUAGUGUUCACGCCCUCCAAAAAACGUGAAAUUAGGCAUUUUACGUCGUAGUCGUGCUGUGAAGGCAAAGAAAUCUACAAUAAAGCUUGAUGCACGUGCACAGUUGUUGUUAUGCCAAUCUAAACCUAUUGCUUUUUUGCCGUUCUUGUUGUUGUAGCCGUCGUAAUUGCUUAAGCUCCCUACUAUUGGACAGUAGUCGCCGUGCAGUUGGCAUCAGGGAAAGGCGACUGUCUUCUUGCCAACGGAGAUCCGUUUUAACUUGACCACAGCUCAUCUCCGUGCACCCCCUCUACCAGGGAAGGUGGAGGGAAUUGCUAUUUCCCUUAAUUAUAAUAAUAAUAAUAAUAGUGAUGAUGAUGACGAUGAUGGUGCUUUAUUUUUAAUUUUUAUUAUUUUUAUUUUUUUUCAUUUCCAUUGAUGUCUAAAGGCGCUUUACAAUAAAUUUUUGAUAACAAAUAUUGUUCAUAAAAAUAUUACAUUAAUUGUGAAAUAACAUUACAGUGAAACAAAAUAAACAAAUUAAAUAUAACAGAACUACUAGAUUAAAAAAAGACUUUCCAUCAAAACGACUAAAACACAAAAGGACUAAUUUGAUAAAAACGCUUCCCUAAAAAGAUAAGUCUUGAGCUUUUUCUUGACCUUGUCAAUUUUUGUUAAGUAAGCAGGGCCUUCAUGCGCACGUCCAGUUUGUUUUAUUUCUAAUUUCAUCACCCGAAGGAGAAUUCGUGUAGACUGAUCAUCGUUUUGUAUUCCACAGCAACUGUCGGACUUGAAAGCGGACAACCAGCGGCUUAAAGAUGAGAACGGUGCGCUAAUCCGCGUCAUAAGCAAGUUAUCGCGACCUCCAACUUGACCAUCAUCUCUGGGACAUAAUAGCAAUGACUGAAAAAGAUUACUUAGGUUAAUAUCCACAGCAAAGGCUGUGGUAGCUGUUUUUUCUUGGUCUUUAAAACUGUACCUAUUUAUCCAGUACGAGACCACUACCCAGAGGUUCGUAAUUACAUUAGGUGGAAGGGGUGGCAGGUCGCCCGCGUACUUCUUCUUCUUGUGUAGAUAUGUGUAUGUUUUGUAAUUGAGAGUAAGUGAAGUAGCCGAAGAAACAAAGUCAAAACUGUCGCUGUCAAAAGUGAACUAAGAAAGAUAAAAAGAUUUUACAAUUAAAUAAUUUGUGAAUGUCUUCGAAAAGCUCUCGUUUUCUGCAUAUUAUUUUGCAGUUUUCUAUAGGUGUAUAUCCAGGGUUUUUCGAACCAAGUACCUUUCGUUAGCUAUCCGCAGAAUUUUCCUCUGCCGGGAGCUUUUCUAUUUUGUUACAUUGUUUAGGGUUUAGUGUUGUAAUGAUCAAUAAAACGAAUGGCGAAGAUUCGACUUCUGUAGUAAAGUGUAGUUUUGUACAACUUUUUUGCAUAGACGAUUCAGUCAAAAUGAAGCAGUUGCUUGAUGUAGAAAGAAAUGAAUGAGUACGAUUAAACCUUUUCCCUGUGUCGCGAUUCAGUAAUGAUUGAUUGAUUGCAAAUUAAAUUUAGCAAAUGAAAAAAGGAAGAAAAAAAGAGGAAUUUAAUAGCAGUCAAAGCAACUUGUUAUCUCGAAAUGGUCCGCGCCGUUGCAAAUAUAAUUGUAUUGAAAUUAACAUUUAUUAUAUUGUAUCUUUGUUAUUGUGCUCAUAAAUUCCGAUGAUAUGAAGUAGUUAGGGUUAGGCGUAGUUGCUGAUUGGUUCUUUCAAAAGCAGUCGGGGACCCGAGCACCGUUGUCAGUCACAAAGCACAGUUCUUGUCGGUCGUUGCUAAGUAACGUGUGGUAGAAACAGUUCUGAUUGGUUAAUAAGAAAAAGAAAUUCUAGUCGGGUCCUUAACGAGGAUUUUACGAAGUCAGUGCUCGAGUCCCUGAGACUGAAGGUAUUGAAACCUUAUACAAUUAAAGUGAGGAGGUAGAGCCAAAAUAUCCUAAUUGAAAAACGCCAUUCAAGGCACUUCGACAAAUUUUAGUCGCCUUGUAACUGUAAAUCAGAUGCAUUUGAGAAAGAGAAUUUG